CAGAGCAAGUUAGCUUCCUCUGCAACAGAGAAUUUCUCAGCGAUAAAGAAGCUCUGGGAUACAUUUUUUUUCGUCUAUGCCCUAAAAUACUUUCUGCUUCAGGAUGGGGGGUUUUCCAGCCUUGCUGUUCUUGCUGACACUACCAGGGGAAAAUUGGAAUCGGGAUGCAGAUUUAGACACCAUUUCAUUUCCCACUAAGAAGGGGGAUGUUGCCAACCCCACAGAUGACAGCAAUAAGGAUCAGAGGACCCUCUAUGCUCUCAUGGUGCUGAGUUCCUUCCUGCCUACAACUGCUCUGAUUGCUACUGUUAUACUCCUCGUCACCACUUAUAUCAGAAGGAAAAAGGCAGGAAAAGAGAGGGACUUUGGCAGACAUCCUUCUUUCAGCCAAGCAGCACUGCAGAAGGACAGAAGAAACAAAGCAAUUAGAAUGCCAGAUGGGGAACUGAAUUAUAGUACAAUAUAUGCUGUCAUAAGGCACCAACCUCAGACAAAGCCUGAAGAUGUUAUAUACGUCAACAUACAGCCUUCACCAGAAGUUUUAUUCCACGCUCAAGAACCACCAGACAAUUCAGUUUCCUCAGGGUCUGUGGAAUAUGGUACUGUUAUCUUCAGAGCCGCAACUCCACAUUCUGGAACUGAAAAGAGAAAAAAACCAGGUCCACCUAAACAAAGCAGCACAAAGCCUUGGGCUUAUUCACAGAAUUUUGCUGAACUGCACUUAGAAACAAUCCAUUUAUAACCAGUUGCUGAAGCUGGAUACAUAUGGGGUGCGAGGCAGAAAGCAACUGAAAGGAUGAGGCACAUGGAUGCACAAACCUUCCCUGAAAAACUAACUGCACUUUUCUAAUAGUAC